UGGCGGCACCAUAAUAUUCAAAAAUGAAAUCAUAAACAAUAAUUUUAUUCAUUCAGUCAUUCGUUCAUUUGUCUUGCUUGAUUGUUAGUCUAUGGUAGAAUUCACUCUUUUUCUGUCAAAAUGGCUGCCGUGCAAGAGGCGAGACGUGAACCGAUUCAGGCCGUCCAGGUCUUCGGACGUAAGAAAACAGCGACUGCAGUGGCUUACUGCAAGCGUGGCCAUGGGGUCCUCCGAGUGAACGGCCGCCCUCUCGACUUGGUGGAGCCCCGUCUGCUCCAGUACAAAUUGCAGGAACCCAUCCUAUUGCUCGGCAAGGAAAAGUUCUCCGGUGUUGACAUCAGAGUGACUGUCAAAGGAGGUGGCCACGUAGCACAAGUCUAUGCUAUCAGACAAGCCAUCUCCAAGGCACUGAUUGCCUAUUAUCAAAAAUAUGUAGAUGAAGCGUCGAAGAAGGAAAUCAAAGACAUCCUCGUCCAAUACGACAGGAGUUUGAUGGUGGCGGACCCCAGGCGCUGCGAGCCCAAGAAGUUUGGCGGACCGGGCGCCCGGGCCAGAUACCAGAAGUCUUAUCGUUAAUACUGCAGGGGGGUGCGCGCUUUGCUAUUGCACUGGUUCUAUACAGCGGGUGCAAUAUCAUUGGGUGGUUUUAAAAAUAAAAAAUUAAAAAAAAAAAAUCGGUUUUUUAUU